UGCUGAAAGGCAACGACGCUCACGUGACCUCAGAGCUCGCUAAAGAAGCUUUAAAAAUAAGAUUCACUUCUACACAACUGUGCUCUGCAGCCGGCGUCGAGCAGGAAAGCGGGACGGAGCACAGCGAGUCCUCUCGGAUACAGGACCCGAAGCGCUUGAGUCAGCCGGCGGACCGCGAACUGAUCUGAAUCCUCGUGAUUCUCUGUGUUUGAUUGACUUCAAUGACUCAGGAGCGUCAAUCUAGAGCCUUUUGACUGAAAUGCAACAGCUAGUUUUCCCACUUUGUCGUGUUUUAUUGGAAGCGCACGCAUAUAAUAGGAAAAUAUUGAACUUUUAAAAUAUGUUGUUCAUCGACUAGGAAGUUUAUCAGUAUAAAGCUUUAUUUAUUAUCGAAACACCUCAGGCUGGUUCGCAGGGAGAAGAGCGUCGUUAUUAGUGCAGGAUCUGAGCUGAGGGUGGGAUCAGCUGAUGAUAAGUUACACGUGUUACAGUGCAAGGGUCUUACUUUACUCUAGUCUACCUCAAGAGCUGGACUAUCAUACUCAUCAGUCUGAUAUGAGAGGUGCACAGGACUGAAGAGGAACAAGCCACCCCUCUCAUAUUGCUUUAUUUUUAUUUUUAGUCAUAAUUUCGGUUGUUUACUCCACCAUUUUCAAUUGCACCAAAGAUGUCCUGCCUGUUGCUUGGAGUACUUAGGAGGCGAAAUGCCAUCAGUACAGCUUCAGUGGGUGUGCGGUCCCUCGCCUCCAUCCCCUCUCUGCCCCCGUCAGUGGCGGAGUUUGUGUCGGGCGCAGUGGCUGAAUGUAAACCUGCUAAAGUGCACGUGGUCACAGGCACUCCAGAGGAGACGGCAGACAUCCUGGCCAACCUGGAGAAAGAGGGCAUGGUGAAGAAACUCGCCAAAUAUGAAAACUGCUGGUUGGCACGUACUGACCCUAAAGAUGUGGCUCGCGUCGAGAGUAAAACUGUGAUUGUCACUAAGGACCAAAGAGACACUAUUCCCAUUCCCACCGGAGGGGCCAAGUCCCAGCUGGGCAGCUGGAUGAGUGAGCAAGACUUUCAGAAAGCCAGACAGGACCGCUUUCCUGGCUGCAUGGCAGGACGCACUAUGUAUGUGAUCCCCUUCAGUAUGGGCCCUGUGAACUCUUCUCUUGCUAAGUUUGGUGUUCAGGUGACAGAUUCUCCAUAUGUGGUGGCCAGCAUGGGCAUCAUGACACGCAUGGGGACACCUGUGCUGGAGAAACUAGCCGAGGGUGCUGAGUUUGUGCGCUGCCAGCACUCUUUGGGCCGACCUUUACCACUCAAAGCUCCUCUAGUAAACAGCUGGCCUUGUAACCCGGACAAGGUGUUGAUCUCACAUCUUCCUGACACCAGACAGAUCCUGUCCUUCGGCAGCGGUUAUGGUGGAAACUCGCUCCUUGGAAAGAAAUGUUUUGCUCUUCGUAUUGCCUCACGUAUUGCGAAAGACGAAGGCUGGUUGGCUGAACACAUGCUGAUUCUGGGAAUCACAAAUCCUCAGGGUGUAAAACGGUACAUUGCAGCAGCGUUCCCGAGUGCUUGUGGGAAAACUAACCUGGCCAUGAUGAAACCAUCGCUGCCAGGCUGGAAGGUCGAGUGUGUGGGCGAUGACAUUGCCUGGAUGAAAUUUGACAGUCAGGGUAAACUCAGAGCCAUUAAUCCAGAGAAUGGUUUCUUUGGAGUUGCCCCCGGGACGUCCCUGAAGACAAACCCUCAUGCCAUGACAACCAUCUCCAGGAACACAGUGUUCACUAAUGUGGGCGAGACCAGCGAUGGGGGAGUUUGGUGGGAGGGUCUAGAACCACCUGCACCUGGGAUCAAACUCACAGACUGGCAUGGAAAAUCCUGGAAGUAUGGUGAUUCUACACUGUGUGCUCACCCGAACUCCAGGUUUUGUGCCCCAGCUGGUCAGUGCCCCAUCAUAGACCCACUCUGGGAAAGUGAUGAGGGCGUCCCCAUUGAUGCCAUUGUAUUUGGUGGAAGAAGACCAGAAGGUGUGCCUUUGGUGUACGAGUCAUUUAACUGGCGUCACGGUGUGUUUGUGGGUGCAGCCAUGAGAUCUGAAUCCACAGCUGCUGCUGAACAUAAAGGUAAAGUAAUCAUGCAUGACCCCUUCGCCAUGCGUCCUUUCUUCGGUUACAACUUCGGUGACUACCUGGCCCACUGGUUGAGUAUGGAGACGCGCAAGGGCCAGACCCAACUCCCCAAGAUCUUCCACGUCAACUGGUUCCGGAAAGAUCAGAAGACCGGCUCUUUCUUGUGGCCAGGGUUUGGAGAGAACGCCCGCGUCCUCGAGUGGAUCUUCAAACGAUGUGGCCGUACCAGUGAAGACGAGGCUGCCACCAAAAGUAUUGUGGGAUGGAUUCCACAAAACGGUGCCAUAAACACAGAAGGCCUGGGUGGGAAUAUCGAUAUGGGUGCCCUCUUUAACCUGCCCAAACCCUUCUGGCAGAAGGAAACACAGGAGCUUCGGACCUACUUCACCCAGCAGGUUGGAGCUGAUCUACCUGCACAAGUGGAAGGAGAGCUGAGGGCGCUGGAGGAGAGAGUGAGGGAUUGAACAGACGCUACAUUACAUUGAUGUUGAGCAGAUGUGAAGAGUAGGAUGGGUUGAGGUGGUGGUAACUGUUUUAAUGUGACUGUUGCACUGCAGUAGAUGCUGCACCUGAGAAACACAAAACCAAAAAGUUCACUAGAUGCCAUCAGUGGUAUCAAUACCCAGGUGCCUUAUUUUAUCUUACAAUAGAAGCUAAAAACUCUAUUUAAUGUUUACAAACUAUGUCUCAAAAUGCCUUUUAGAUUAUUUUACCGUUUAAACAAGACCACAUUAUGAAUUGAAACCACAGCAUCUUCAAUAUAUAUAGUUUAUGAGUACACUACCUAAUAUCUGUUUAUUUUGAGCAAAUAUAUUAGACAUGUCUUUAAGGAGAGCACCAAUACCAUCAUUUUUUUUAUCGUCAUUUUACUGGUUACCUAAUGAAAGCUGAAUUUUUAUUUCCAAGGAUUUUGCCUUUAAUCAGUGGAAUAUGAUUGACAUGAAUCAGGUUGAGCUAGGGUUGAACGAUCCGGACCAAAGAACACAGACAAGUCUCAGCCAUUGAAUGUGUACAUGUUUUUACAUGAGCUGACUGAAUAAAUACAACUCUAAACCAAA